AUGGAAAACCCGUUUGACCAUCCGCAGGAUCAGUACCCGCCGCGUCAGAACCAAUCUGGUUCACCAUGGAAUGCCAAUAAUCCGAAUAAUACUGGUGCUCCUCCACCUCCGCCAAGACCACCGAGCAACCCCGCUCCCAAUAACCAGGGAGCGUAUUCGCAGGGCAGCUAUCCGCCUUAUAGUGCUGGAGGCGCUGGAUAUGGAUACAACUCGGAUAUGUCUACGUUUGCUAUGACAAUCCCUACGGAGGAUACUACGACCAAUCCGCAUACGAUAAUCCCAACAGCCUGUUCACAUCCACCGGCCAAGUUGUCUCCAAUCAGCCCGUCCAUCAAAAUCCAAGCGCAUUCCUUACACCUGGAGGUCAACACCCGAGCUUGUACAACGGACAUGUUCACCUUUCCUUCGUUGACGCCCGGCCAUGGAGGCGGUGGCGGACGAUACGAUAGCGCACCGACGCCGUUCAGCGGCGCAAGCAAAUUGGGUGUGCUAGGGAAUAACAAUGGGCGACCGUACUCGACCGUCAAUCCCGACCGAUACAACUCUCCUGCGCCUCCGGGCAAUCGACAUUCUCUACCACGGCGCCUGUAG